GGCUGCGGCCUCCUCCUCCCCUGCCCGUCCUCCUCCUUCCCUUCCCCCGCCUCGCAGUGCCUUCGCUACCGGCACAUUCCGCCGCCCUGACAAGGCCUGAGCCAACGGGAGCGGCUUGAGCAGGCGAGCCGAGAAGGCCGCGCGAUCCGUCAGUCGCCGAGCAGGGCCAGCGCGGAGGGCGGCUCGGAGGAGACACCCCGUGGCGCUGAGGGAGGAAGUGCGAGCGGGCGAGACCGAGAGGCGGAAGCAGCGCCGGGAAGGGGGCCCCGGCUGGGUCCGGCCUGGGUGGCGAAGGAGAAAAAGGAGGGAGGAGAGGCGGCAGCAACAGCAGAAGAGGAGAAGCAGCAGCAGCUAGAGGCCGCGCUCCCUGCCUCCCGCCAUGGCCGACAACGAGAAGCUGGACAACCAACGGCUGAAGAACUUUAAGAACAAAGGCCGCGACUUGGAGACUAUGAGAAGACAGCGAAAUGAAGUCGUUGUGGAAUUAAGAAAGAACAAACGAGAUGAACAUCUGUUAAAGAGAAGAAAUGUACCUCAUGAAGAUAUCUGUGAAGAUUCUGAUAUAGAUGGUGACUUCAGAGUGCAAAACACAUCUCUGGAGGCAAUAGUGCAGAAUGCUUCAAGUGACAACCAAGGUAUCCAAUUAAGUGCAGUGCAGGCGGCAAGAAAGCUACUCUCCAGUGAUCGCAACCCACCAAUUGAUGACUUAAUAAAAUCUGGAAUAUUACCCAUAUUAGUGCACUGUCUUGAAAGAGAUGACAAUCCUUCUUUACAGUUUGAAGCAGCAUGGGCGCUAACUAAUAUUGCAUCUGGAACUUCUGAACAAACACAGGCUGUAGUUCAAUCCAAUGCUGUCCCACUCUUUUUGAGGCUGCUCCAUUCGCCCCAUCAAAAUGUUUGUGAGCAGGCAGUAUGGGCUCUGGGCAAUAUCAUAGGUGAUGGACCCCAGUGUAGAGAUUAUGUCAUUAGUCUUGGAGUGGUGAAGCCUCUGCUGUCAUUCAUCAGCCCAUCUAUUCCCAUAACUUUCUUAAGAAAUGUUACUUGGGUAAUGGUCAACUUAUGCCGCCACAAAGACCCACCUCCACCAAUGGAAACCAUCCAGGAGAUCCUUCCAGCACUCUGUGUGUUAAUUCACCACACGGAUGUAAAUAUACUGGUAGAUACAGUCUGGGCCCUCUCCUACCUAACAGAUUCAGGCAAUGAACAAAUUCAGAUGGUGAUAGACUCUGGGAUAGUUCCUCAUUUGGUCCCUCUUCUCAGCCAUCAGGAAGUUAAAGUGCAAACUGCUGCGCUCAGAGCUGUAGGCAAUAUUGUUACUGGUACUGAUGAACAGACCCAAGUAGUCCUGAAUUGUGAAGCUCUUUCACACUUCCCUGCCCUAUUGUCACAUCCCAAAGAAAAAAUAAAUAAGGAAGCCGUAUGGUUCCUAUCUAACAUCACUGCAGGAAAUCAACAGCAAGUCCAGGCAGUGAUAGAUGCUAACCUUGUACCAAUGAUAAUACACCUCUUAGAUAAGGGUGAUUUUGGUACCCAAAAAGAAGCUGCUUGGGCUAUAAGCAACCUGACAAUCAGUGGAAGAAAAGAGCAAGUUGCAUACCUAAUUCAACACAAUGUAAUUCCUCCGUUUUGCAACUUGUUAACAGUAAAAGAUGCGCAGGUUGUACAGGUAGUGCUGGACGGGCUAAGUAAUAUAUUAAAAAUGGCUGAAGAUGAGGCAGAAACCAUAGCCAACCUUAUUGAAGAAUGUUCAGGGCUGGAGAAAAUUGAACAGCUACAAAAUCAUGAAAAUGAAGACAUCUACAAACUGGCAUAUGAGAUCAUUGAUCAGUUCUUCUCUUCAGAUGAUAUAGAUGAAGAUCCAAGCCUUGUUCCGGAGGCAAUACAAGGUGGAACAUUUGGUUUCAAUUCAUCUGCCAAUGUACCUGCAGAAGGGUUCCAGUUCUAGAGUGGUAUUUUGGAAGUUAGGUACAAUGCAGCACUGAAUAAAAAAAAAAGGUUUGAUCCAUCAAGCUUGGCUCAUGGGAUCCGCUGCUGCAUUAAAUCGGGAAAGAAAAUGUGAAGAUUUCAUUUGGAAUCACAGAAAAGCCCGAAUGAAGUCAAGAUGGCGAGUGGGUGCGAGUGAGAGUGAGUGGCAAAAUGUAAUGAAAAACUUCACACUGAAUGCUUAUAUAGGUUGUUCAAAGGAAAAGGGCUACAGGUCAAAGAUCUUCAGUGUCUGAGGAGGAACAUUGACUUAAUUAGCGCAAUUGUGGGGGGAAAAUGCAGUACUAUUCCAUCAUCAAGCCAUGUAAGCAUAAAGGAGAAUAGGAUGCCCAUAUAAGUCCAAGGAGAAUGAGCCCAGGCCUUGCUAAUGAAGCACCGUGUGAAUGGACAACAUUGAGUGAAUGUCUGGACUCAGUGCUGUGGGGCCACGUAUGUGUUUCAAAUCUGGGGCUCUUUGCUCAUGAAGCAGACUCCUAGUCUUGGAGUGGGGUGUGUACGAGAGUAUGGUUGUGAUGCUGUAUGUGAACGCAUGCAAGCUUGAUUUGCCUUCAGGGGGCUGAUAAUAACCCUAGUCAAUCAUCAAAAGGAGUGCAUAAGUGUUAACACUGGACACAAAAACAGAGACCGGUUUAGCAGCAGACUAUGGUUUUACUCCUGCAGCCUGUGUUUUUAUUUUCUUUUUCCCCCUUUUAUUUUAGUUAUUUUAUUUCCUGUAUGGCUUAUUACUAGUUGCUUGUAAAGUCAGAAAACUUUGAGGAAGGCUUCUCUGUGCAUUUGCACCAGAUGACUGUUCUGUUACCAAAAAAAAAAGCUUUCCAUAUCAUCAAAACUAAUUUGUGUAGAUUUUUUGCAUGAAAUCCAUAUAAGUUUCCCUCUUUCAACUAUUGUGUUGCAGUACACAAAUUGCCAUAAUACUAGAAAACAAUAAAAAUGUUUAACACCAUCCUUUUCAUUUUCAGAGAUGACAUAAAGCUAUUUUUGCAUGUGGUAAUCUACAGCAUAGCUCAUUUUUAGAUUUUGUUGAGUCCUGUAACCAGUUGUUUCUGUUGUGGUAGGAUACCGUGCUGUGUUUCAAUGUUGUUUGUUUUCACACUUUGUUUUCUAUGAAAAUGAUAUGGAAACCUCAAAAUAAAAUUUGGUGCAUAUGUACUGCUGAAAAGAUUGGAGAAGAGAUGUGAAUAGAUGUACAAAUCAAGUCAUGGUUUGAACACAGUUAAUAAUACCACCUAAUCUGUCCAAUUGUUCUAGACUUUUUAUCUUUAGAUGUAGGCAGCCAUGAACAAUCUAUUUUGAGCCACUUUAGAGAGAACUUUGUAUUCUUAACUUGCAUACAAAAUGCAAGUGGUUUUUAUAAUUGGAAUAAUACCUCAGUUUUGAGGUUCUGCACACUAAAUUAAAGGUAACAUUUACAAAUAUGUACAAAAGGAAAACUCUUUAUAAGGUGGCUCAUUGUAGGAAAUGCUGUGCCUUCCCCUUUGAGCACAAGUGUUGCAUGAACAACAGUUUGCUAUAAGAAAACAUACCAGGUUAGCCACCAUUAGCAUCUAUAUCUACCUUGUGUUUGUUUUUUUUUUAAUCAACUGGUAAUUCUGAAACGCAGUAGAAUGGAUAAAGAUUAUUUUGUGAUCAUAACUCUUUGUUGGACUAGAGUAUUUUUGCAGCAUUCCUUGUCAUCAGAAACAUGGUAAAAAGUUUAAAACUAGAUGCAGCAGAGAACUAGCUUGUGAAAUUUAUCCAAGUAGAAUGCAGGCUAGGCUGUCUUGGGGAAAAUAAACAUUAAAACUUACAACAAUGUUA